AUGGGAUACGCGCUACGAAACCUGAUUUUGGCAAUCGGCCUUCAUCUGGUACGCAGUGAAGGCACUUGCGACGGUUGCGAGGAUGGUAGCGUCCUGUUGCAGAAGGGACCUGGUAAGGCAGAAGAGGAGAGUCUGGUAGCUGCUGUCUAUGAUGAAGAUCCUGAUGAAACCUUGGAGGGCUACAAGUUCGAGGACUACGUGAAGGAGUUUGGAAAGACGUACGCGGGCGAGGAAUAUACGAAGCACAAGAAGAUCUUCGAUGCACAGUACAAGAUGGUGAAGGAACACAAUGCGAAAAAGAGUACCUUCCAGAUGGGUAUCAAUGAAUACACCGACUGGACCCCGGAGGAACUCAAGAGUCUCCGCGGGUUGAGGAAGAAUCGCGGGAAGACGGGUGCAAAAGCAAGCAAGGAAGUCAAGGUUGACAAGAGCACCUCAACACUUCCACUUGCGUUCGAUUGGCGUGAUGAAGACGACAUCGUGUCCCCAGUCAAGAAUCAGGGCCACUGUGGAUCUUGCUGGGCUUUUGCAGCGACCUCAGUAGUGGAGAGUGCCGUGGCAAUUGCGGAAGGUUCCCUGACUAUCUUGGCACCUCAGCCCAUGGUCUCCUGCGCCGACAAUCCGCGUCAGUGCGGUGGCACCGGUGGAUGUGCAGGUGCCACUGCACAAAUUGGCUUUGACUAUGUGAAGCAACACUCCAUGACUUACGAGGAGGUUGAUGGCUACGAAUCCUUCUGGGGUCACACUGGCGACUGCACCCCUGAGAUGAAAGCGCAUGUUGCCGCGUACCCCGUGGCCAGCAUUACCGGCCACGUCACCAACCCGACCAACGAAUAUGAGGCCCUGAAGGAGGCACUGGUGGCCUUCGGCCCUCAGGCGGUUUCAGUGGACGCUUCGCACUGGAGCCCCUAUCAAAACGGCAUUGCGGACUUCUGCGACGUUGCUGAAAACAUCGAUAUUGACCAUGCGGUGGUUCUGGUGGGCUAUGGCACAGAAGGAAACACCGGCUACUGGACCAUCAAGAACUCCUGGGGCACCAUGUGGGGCGAGGAGGGCUACAUCCGCCUGAUCCGCCACGAGGAAGAGGAGACCUAUUGUGGUUGGGACAACACACCUUCUCACGGCAGUUUGUGUGCAGAUGAGAAAGUGACCCAGCAAUAUGUCUGUGGCACCUGCGGCAUCCUCUUCGACACGUCCCACGUCGUUGGCGUCAGCUACGUGGGAGUCGGCUCCGGGGACGUGAACCGCUGA